GGCGGCCCCCCCAGCCCCAUGGAGGUCUCCCGGAGGAAGGCACCGCCGCGCCCCCCGCGCCCCGCCGCGCCGCUGCCCCUGCUCGCCUAUCUACUGGCGCUGGCGGCGCCAAGCCGGGGCGCGGACGAGCCCGUGUGGCGGUCGGAGCAAGCCAUCGGAGCCAUCGCGGCGAGCCGGGAGGACGGCGUGUUCGUGGCGAGCGGCAGCUGCCUGGACCAGCUGGACUACAGCCUGGAGCACAGGCUCUCGCGCCUGUACCGGGACCAAGCCGGCAACUGCACGGAGCCCGUCUCGCUGGCGCCCCCCGCGCGGCCCCGGCCGGGGAGCAGCUUCAGCAAGCUGCUGCUGCCCUACAGCGAGGGGGCGGGCGACCUCCAGGGGCUGCUGCUCACCGGCUGGACCUUCGACCGGGGCGCCUGCGAGGUGCGGCUCCUGGGCAACCUGAGCCACAGCUCCCUGCGCAACGGCACCGAGGUAGUGUCGUGUCACCCGCAGGGCUCGACGGCCGGCGUGGUGUACCGCGCGGGGGACCAGAACCGCUGGUACCUGGCGGUGGCCGCCACCUACGUGCUGCCGGAGCCCGAAACGGCGAGCCGCUGCAACCCGGCGGCGUCCGACCGCGACACCGCCAUCGCCCUCAAGGACACGGAGGGACGCAGCCUAGCCACGGAGGAGCUGGGCCGCCUCAAGCUGCGCGGGGGCGCGGGCAGCCUGCACUUCGUGGACGCCUUUCUCUGGAACGGCAGCGUCUACUUCCCCUACUAUCCCUACAACUACACGAGCGGCGCCGCCACGGGCUGGCCCAGCAUGGUGCGCAUCGCGCAGAGCGCCAAGGUGCUGCAGUUCCAGGGCCAGGCGGCCCUCGACUGCGGCCACGGCCACCCCGACGGCCGGCGCCUGCUCCUCUCCUCCAGCCUGGUGGAGGCCCUGGGCGUCUGGGCGGGCGUGUUCAGCGCGGCCACCGGGGAGGGCCAGGAGAGGCGCUCCCCCGCCACCACGGCGCUCUGCCUCUUCAGGAUGAGUGAGAUCCAGGAGCGCGCCAAGAGCUGCCCCUGGGACUUCCAGACGGCCGAGCACAACUGCAAAGAAGGGGAGCAACCUGAGAGAGUCCAACCAAUCGCCUCAUCUACCUUGAUCCAUUCCGACCUGACAUCCGUUUAUGGCACCGUGGUAAUGAACAGGACUGUUUUGUUCUUGGGGACUGGAGAUGGCCAGUUACUUAAGGUUAUUCUUGGUGAGAAUUUGACUUCAAAUUGUCCAGAGGUUAUUUAUGAAAUUAAAGAAGAAACACCUGUUUUCUACAAACUGGUUCCUCAUCCUAAGAAGAAUAUCUACAUCUAUCUAACAGCCGGGAAAGAGGUGAGGAGAAUUCGUGUUGCCAACUGCAGUAAACAUCAAUCCUGUACGGAGUGUUUAACGGCAGCAGACCCUCACUGCGGUUGGUGCCAUUCACCACAAAGGUGUACUUUUAAAGAAGAUUGUUUACAUCCAGAGAACUUUGAAAACUGGCUGGAUAUUUCAUCGGGAGCAAAAAAGUGCCCUCAAAUUAACCUAUUUCGAAGCAGUAAAGAUAAGACUACAGUCACUGUGGUGGGAAGCUUCCCUCCCAGACGCUCGGAGUGGGAGUGUGUGGUGAAGAACCUGGACACAGGCAGGCAGCUCUGCGGGGGUAAAAGUCCACCAGGCAAGACCUGCACGUGCAGCAUCCCCACCAGAGCGACCUACAAAGAUGUUUUGGUUGUCAACGUGACAUUCUCCGUCGGUUCUUGGCAUUUAUCAAAAAGAUUCAACUUUACCAACUGCUCGUCAUUAAGAGAAUGCCCAGUAUGUAUUGGAACUGGCUGUGCUUGGUGUAAAAGUGAGAGAAGGUGUAUCCACCCCUUCACAGCUUGUGACCCUUCUGAUUACAAGCGAAACCAGGAACACUGUCAGGUUGCUGUUGAGAAACGGACACCACCCAAGACAGCAGGAGGAAGAUUCAUGGAGAAUAAGAGUAAUAGGACCCAUCAGGGCUUGCAGGUCUUUUACAUUAAGUCCAUUGAGCCACGGAAGAUAUCGACUUUAGGGAAAAGUAACGUGAUCGUCACGGGGGCAAACUUUACCCAGGCAUCCAACAUUACGAUGAUCCUGAAAGGAACCAGUACUUGCGAGAAGGAUGUGAUACAGGUUAGCCAUGUGCUAAACGACACCCAUAUGAAAUUCUCUCUACCAUCAAGCCGAAAAGAAAUGAAGGAUGUGUGUAUCCAGUUUGACGGCGGGAACUGUACAUCUGUGGGACCCUUGUCGUAUAUUGCUCUGCCACACUGUUCCCUCAUAUACCCUGCCACAACCUGGAUCAGUGGUGGCCAAAAUAUAACUAUCGUGGGCAGAAAUUUUGACGUAAUUGACAACUUAAUCAUUUCACAUGAGUUAAAAGGAAACAUAAAUGUCUCUGAAUAUUGUAUGGCGAAUUCCUGCAGGUUUUUAGCCCCCAGUUUAAAGAGUUCGAAAACACGUACAAACGUCACCGUGAAGCUGAGAGUCCAGGAGACCUACUUAGACUGCGGAAGCCUGCAGUAUCUUGAGGACCCCAGGUUCACAGGGUGUCGGGUCGAACCCGAGGGGGACACAGAACUGGAAGUGAAAAUUCAAAAAGAAAACGAUGAGUUCAACAUCUCCAAGACGGACAUUGAAAUCACCCUCUUCCACGGGGAAAAUGAGCAAUUAAAUUGCAGUUUUGAAAAUAUUACGAGAAAUCAAGAUCUCACCAUCAUCCUUUGCAAAAUUAAAGGCAUCAGUAACGCAAACAGCAUUGACACCUCUUCCAAGAAAGUUCGCGUCAAACUGGGAAACUUGGAGCUCUACGUCGAGCAGGAAACAGUUCCUACCACUUGGUAUUUUCUGAUUGUGCUUCCCGUCUUGCUAGUGAUUGUCAUCUUUGCGGCCGUAGGGGUAACCAGGCACAAAUCGAAGGAGCUGAGCCGCAAACAGAGCCAACAGCUGGAGCUCCUGGAGAGUGAGCUCCGGAAAGAGAUACGUGAUGGCUUUGCUGAGCUGCAGAUGGAUAAAUUGGAUGUGGUUGAUAGUUUUGGAACUGUUCCCUUCCUUGACUACAAACAUUUUGCUCUGAGAACUUUCUUCCCCGAGUCAGGUGGCUUCACACACAUCUUCACCGAAGAUAUGCAUAACAGAGAUGCCACUGACAAGAAUGAAAGUCUCACAGCUUUGGAUGCCCUGAUUUGUAAUAAAAGUUUCCUUGUUACUGUCAUCCACACCCUUGAGAAGCAGAAGAACUUUUCAGUGAAGGACAGGUGUCUGUUUGCCUCCUUCUUGACCAUUGCACUGCAAACCAAGCUGGUCUACCUGACCAGCAUCCUGGAGGUGCUGACCAGGGACUUGAUGGAACAGUCCAGUAACAUGCAGCCUAAACUCAUGCUAAGACGCACGGAGUCUGUGGUAGAAAAACUCCUCACAAACUGGAUGUCCGUCUGCCUUUCUGGUUUUCUGCGGGAAACUGUUGGAGAGCCGUUCUAUUUGCUGGUGACGACUUUGAACCAGAAAAUAAACAAGGGUCCCGUGGAUGUAAUCACUUGCAAAGCCCUGUACACCCUGAACGAAGACUGGCUGCUGUGGCAGGUUCCAGAGUUCAGUACUGUGGCAUUAAACGUCAUCUUUGAAAAGAUCCCGGAAAAUGAGAGUGCAGAUGUCUGUCGGAACAUUUCAGUCAAUGUUCUUGAUUGUGACACCAUAGGCCAAGCCAAAGAAAAGAUUUUCCAGGCUUUCCUAAGCAAAAAUGGCUCUCCUUAUGGACUUCAGCUGAAUGAAAUUGGUCUUGAGCUGCAAGUGGGUACACGACAAAAAGAGCUGCUGGAUAUUGACAGUUCAUCUGUGAUUCUCGAAGAUGGAAUAACUAAGCUAAAUACCAUCGGCCACUACGAGAUAUCAAAUGGAUCCACUAUAAAGGUCUUUAAGAAGAUAGCAAAUUUUCCUUCAGAUGUGGAAUACUCAGAAGACCACUGCCAUUUGAUUUUACCAGAUUCGGAAGCAUUCCAAGAUGUGCAAGGAAAAAGACAUCGAGGAAAACACAAGUUCAAAGUAAAAGAAAUGUAUCUGACAAAGCUGCUGUCGACCAAGGUGGCAAUUCAUUCUGUGCUUGAGAAACUUUUUAGAAGCAUUUGGAGUUUACCCAACAGCAGAGCCCCAUUUGCUAUAAAAUACUUUUUUGACUUUUUGGAUGCCCAAGCUGAAAGCAAAAAAAUCACAGAUCCUGAUGUCGUACAUAUUUGGAAAACAAACAGCCUUCCUCUUCGCUUCUGGGUAAACAUCCUGAAGAACCCUCAGUUUGUCUUUGACAUUAAGAAGACACCACACAUAGACGGCUGUUUAUCUGUGAUUGCCCAGGCAUUCAUGGACGCAUUUUCUCUCACAGAACAGCAACUCGGGAAGGAAGCACCAACUAAUAAACUUCUCUAUGCCAAGGAUAUCCCAACGUACAAAGAGGAAGUAAAAUCGUAUUACAAAGCAAUCAGGGAUUUGCCUCCAUUGUCAUCUUCGGAAAUGGAAGAAUUCUUAACUCAGGAAUCUAAGAAACACGAAAAUGAAUUUAAUGAAGAAGUGGCCUUGACAGAAAUCUACAAAUACAUCGUAAAAUAUUUUGAUGAGAUUCUAAAUAAACUAGAAAGAGAACGAGGGCUGGAAGAAGCUCAGAAACAACUCUUGCAUGUAAAAGUCUUAUUUGAUGAAAAGAAGAAAUGCAAGUGGAUGUAA